ACAACCUCCGAUACUAGAACAAGCGGCAGGGGGAAUCUGGGGACCGGGCAGGCCUGUACACGGUGAUGGGGCGUACGGCCCACGGGCUUUCCCUCCGGUAUCCUGCUCGUUAUAAUGCUGCUGAGCAGGAAGUCGGAAGAUCCCCUCUCGGCAGCCAGGUUUGGAGAUGGCUUAUAUGACUCUUAUAUGAGAAUAGAUCAGAUUAGAUAUCCAGAACCUACAAAUGAAGAAUGCACCCCUUCUGCUUUUCCUUCACUAGGGAGAUCUAAUGUAAUUCCAAGCACAAUCACCAUGAAGGAUCAUCCUUUGACUGGGAGCCAAGUCAAAGUUGAGCAAUUAUUUGAAGACUCUGGAAAUAGAAGGAGCAGUACUCUGCAGUCCACUGGAAUAAAUGGCUCUGAUAGGUCAUUUCCAACUCCAGUAAAAGAUAAAAGUGCUAAUAGUAUCUGCACCAUCAAAAAUAGUGGUAGUUCUAUAAAAGCACAGAAAGCUGGUUGUCAGUCUGCAGAGCAAGCACUGAAGCAAUAUAAACAGCAAUUAACAGCCUAUGAGCAACAAGAAAUAUUUAAUUUUCCUGAAAUCUAUUUUGUGGGUCCAAAUGCAAAGAAAAGACAGGGAGUUAUUGGUGGCCCCAACAAUGCUGGAUAUGAUGAUGAACAAGGCAGCUAUGUUCAUGUACCUCAUGACCAUCUUGCGUAUCGAUAUGAAGUACUUAAAAUAAUUGGGAAAGGCAGCUUUGGUCAAGUAGCUAAAGUGUUUGAUCACAAACAACACCAACAUUUGGCUCUAAAGAUGGUACGCAAUGAGAAACGGUUUCACCGGCAAGCGGCAGAAGAAAUACGCAUCUUGGAACAUCUCAAAAAGCAAGAUAAAACUGGCAGCAUGAAUGUUAUUCACAUGCUAGAAAGCUUUACCUUUCGAAAUCAUAUAUGUAUGACUUUUGAGCUCUUGAGCAUGAAUCUGUAUGAGCUGAUCAAAAGAAAUAAGUUUCAAGGCUUCAGUGUGCAGCUUGUACGUAAAUUUGCUCACUCAAUAUUACAAUGUCUGGAGGGGCUAUUCAGAAACAAAAUUAUACAUUGCGACUUAAAACCUGAAAAUAUUCUUCUGAAACAGCAAGGGCGAAGUGGAAUCAAAGUAAUUGAUUUUGGAUCUAGUUGUUUUGAGCACCAAAGAGUUUAUACUUACAUACAAUCUCGGUUUUACAGAGCCCCAGAAGUUAUCCUGGGAAGCCGCUAUGGGAUGCCCAUAGAUAUGUGGAGUUUUGGCUGUAUUCUGGUGGAACUUCUGACUGGUUAUCCUUUGUUUCCAGGAGAGGAUGAGGGUGAUCAGCUAGCUUGUAUGAUGGAGCUCCUUGGAAUGCCUCCACAGAAAUUGCUAGACCAAUCCAAGCGAGCCAAAAACUUCAUCAAUUCCAAAGGUCAUCCUCGCUAUUGCAGUGUAACAACUCAAGCAGAUGGGAAAGUUAUUCUUAAUGGUAGCAGAUCACGAAGGGGUAAAAUGCGCAGUGCUCCAGGCAACAAGGACUGGACCACAGCAUUAAAAGGCUGUGAUGACUCUUUGUUUAUAGAGUUCUUAAAAGAAUGUCUUAAUUGGGAUCCUUCUGCAAGGAUGACUCCUAGCCAAGCUUUAAGACAUCCUUGGAUUUGUAAACGAAUACCUAAGCCUCCCAGCGUGGAUAAAAGUUCAGGCAAACGGAUUGCUCACUAUACAAGCGCUUUCCCAGGGAUAAAUUCCAGAUUACCCCCAGUUGUUGGGGUAGCAAACAAACUGAGAGCUAAUCUAAUGUCUGAUUCAAAUGCCAAUAUACCUCUAUGUACUGUGCUACCAAAAUUGGUCAGCUAAUAGAGAAUUACAUAUUCCCAGGAUACAUAUUCUGUGUUUAUUAUUAUCUCCUUGAACGACAAAGAGAUUAGUGUAGGGCCUGGGGAAAAGAUUGAAGACUGAAACUUGUGUAAAAAAAAAUUGAAUGAAAACAUAAGGGCUAUAAUUAUUUAAUCAAAUUGUUUCAGCUAGAAUGGGAUGCUUAUUGUAUACGUUUGUUUUAUUUAGUGAGAUCACAUGAUGUACAACAGAUUUUAGAGCAACGUUAUAAGAAGCCACAAAAUCACUUGUUUAUGCAGGUAGUUGUAACCAGAAAAUUGAGUGCAAUGUGAUUUCAAGACAAUUGCACUUAAUAGUAAAUUCCUUACAGAAUGCUGAUCAAAAAGCACAAGUUCUUAAGCUUUUUGUUUUUUAGGAAUUAUUUUGUACUAAUUUCUACAUAUAACUACAAGAUUUUUGAGUUUCCAAAUUAAUUUGCGAACUCUCCUUCAAAUUUCUUGCAGACAAGCCCCUUCCAAAAAUGUGUGGUGAGCUAGAGCUAUGAAGAUAAUAGUUUUUGGACUCUCAUUUUAAUGUUUUUAAUUCUUCAUUCCAACAUCUUAAAUUGAAUUAAUUGAUCACAAAUGGAGAUAAAAAUAUUUCUGAGAAAAUUUCUUGUGCAUUAAAAUAAGUUACUUUUAAUUUUAGUAAAGGAUAAACUUAGAAAAAUGCUGUUUUCAAAUCUCAGAUGCAAAAAGAUGGGUGCUUCAGAUGUUUUGUACAGAAAAAUGUAACGGGCAGCAUCUGGAUAUUGGAAAAUAAAAAUAUUUUUACUAGUGCACAU